AUGUCAGCUGUCAAUGACACUAAACUCAAAUUUGCAGCGUUCCUUCUCACCGGAAUACCUAGGCAGGAAGAUGUCUAUCUCUGGAUCUCUGUCCCCUUCUGCUCAAUCUAUGUUAUUUCCAUAGUAGGAAAUUCAGUCAUUCUGUUUAUUAUAAAAACAGAUCCAAGCCUCCAUGAGCUCAUGUACGUUUUCCUUUCCAUGUUGGCUGUCACUGACCUUGGCUUAUCGAUAUCCACCAUGCCAACGAUACUGGGUAUGUUCUUAUUUAAUUCUAGAGAGAUCAGCCUCGGUGCCUGUUAUGUCCAGCUGUUCUUCAUCCACUUGUUUUCAUUCACCGAAUCCUCUGUGCUGUUGUUGAUGGCCUUUGACUGCUUCAUCACAAUCUGUAACCCAAUGAGAUAUGCUUCCAUCUUAACCCCACCAAGAAUAGCUAUGAUGGGUCUGGUGUUAGUGUUAAGAGGAGUGGCCAUAAUAUUCCCACUCCCUUUUCUCCUGAAACACUACCAAUACUGUCAAGCCAGUGUCCUAUCCCACUCCUACUGCAUAAACCAGCGCAUGAAGAUGUCCUGUCCAGAUAUCGGAGUCAACUACAUCUGUGACUUUUUUGUUACAAUCUCCACAGUGGGGAUGGACUCGCUGCUCAUCCUCCUCUCUUAUGUGAUGAUCCUCAAAACAGUGCUGAGCAUUGAAUCUCAGACAGAGUGCCUCAGGGCCCUGAGCACCUGUAUCUCCCACAUCUGUGCUUUCCUGCUCUUCUACACGCCAAUGGUCGGCUUGUCUGUCAUACACAGAUUUGGGAAGAGCUCUUCUCCCUUGCUUCCUAUUCUCAUUGGCUACAUCUACCUGGUGAUCUCACCGGUGAUGAACCCAAUAGUGUACAGUGUGAAAAGCAAACACCUUUGUGAGAGGAUACUCAGGGUGUUUGUCAAGUGA